AUGUCCGACUUUGGGACGGAAGAGCUAAGUGCCCGCGGCGUUUGCGCGCAAGCUCGGCCGUUCUCGUACUUCGACGCGUUCGUGAAGACGUUCAGCGACGCGUACGACCGCGAAAGUAACCCAGACGGUUACAUAAACCUUGCCGUGGCACAAAACAACUUGACGGUUGAUUUGUUGCACGACAGAUUUAAUGACGCCCUCAAAGAGCUUUCACCGUCGACGACGGCGCAGUACGACGACAUGAAAGGUAGCCACGCGAUGCGAUGCGCGAUGGCGAGACACAUGACCCGCAGGGUCGUCGCGGACGACUCCGUGGAAGCAGUGCGCGCGGAAGAUUUGGUGCUGUCGAGCGGUGCGGGGGCGGUCAUUGAAAAUUUGGUGUUUUGCGUGUGCAAUGAGGGCGAUGGCGUGUUCAUUCCGUCACCGUACUACCCCGCGUUUCCGAACGAUUUGCGGGCACGAUUAGGGGUGCAAACGGUGCCUGUGAGCUCGACUCGGUCGAGUGCGUCGCGCGGACAAGUUUGCUUGCCACAGGCCGCGCGCCGGCGAAAUAUCGAGGAGCGAAAGGAUCUACAUAUGAAGAUGAUUUUGUUGUCGAAUCCGAGCAAUCCGCAGGGGAUUAUUUACUCGAGAGAGGACAUGGAAGAGACCAUUGUGUGGGCGGUGUCGCAGAAACUCCACGUCAUUUCCGAUGAAAUUUAUGCGUGUUCAAUCUUUGGCGAAGGAGGGCACGCCUUUGUGAGCGCGAUCAGCAUCGUGGAAAAACUGAUCAAGGACGCACUCGAUCGCGGUGACGCAGAAUUCGCGCAAAAUUGCAGGGAUUACGUGCAUGUUGUAUACGGAAUGUCCAAAGAUUUCUGCGCAAGUGGUUACCGAGUCGGCGCGCUUUGGACUCAAAACGCCGGCAUCCACAGAGCUUUGGAUAAUGUAUCUUAUUUUUGCGCAAUUCCUGGACCAAUGCAGCACGCUCUUGCGAUCGUGCUCAAUGACGACGAAUUUCUCGACGGUUUCUUUGAGGAGAAUCGUAAGAGGCUGCGCAAGCAAUACGCCACGGUGGCGGAGAGGAUCGAUGCCUCAGUCAUCGAAAUCGUCCCUACUAGCGGCAUGUUCGUGUACUUUAACCUUCGAAAAUACUUACCAGAGAUACAGCCCACGUACGAGGACGAGCACAGGCUCUGGAAUCAUAUAUAUACCGAGGCCAAAGUGGUGCUCACUCCUGGCAAAGACUGCGCGAGCGAUGAGCCGGGAUGGUUCCGAAUGUGCUUCGCCGCCGUCCCCGAACACACCUUGCGUCAGGCCAUCGAACGCAUCCGCGCUGCAUUUGAGACCAUACGCGAUUCUUCUAGAUGUUAA